UACGGACCGUGAACGGACGACAGACGGUGGUUCAGAGCGAGCUAGGCGACAAGAGCACCGGAUAGGGACGGGCAGUGUUAAUUGUUGGGUAAUUUGGGGGGCGUGGCCACUGCAUUGUGACACACAAACGAACGGAAGAGGAAAGGAGACAUGGGAAAUGGUAUGAACAAGGUCCUUCCUGGACUGUACAUUGGCAAUUUCAGAGAUUCCAAAGACCGUGAGCAGCUGACCACACACGGAAUCACACACAUUCUGGCUAUCCAUGACAACGCCAAGAAACUACACGAGGACAUGAAUUAUUUAUGUAUCCCAGCCUCCGACUCUCCACAUCAAAACCUAACACAGCACUUCAGAAAAUCCAUCAAAUUUAUUCAUGAGUCAAGACUUGGUGGUGGUGCCUGUUUAAUACACUGUCUGGCGGGUGUGUCCAGAAGCGUAACCGUAGCAGCAGCGUACGUGAUGACAGUGACGAAUCUCGGCUGGCGGGACACACUGAAGGCGAUACGGCAGGCCCGCGCCGUGGCCAAUCCAAACUUCGGCUUCCAACGACAACUACAAGAGUUUGAUGCAAUGAGGUUAUCCGAGCUUAGAAAAUGGCUGCGCCAAAAGUACCCCCACUCACCUUUCUCAGAAGAUGAAGAGGCAGUGAAAGAGCUAUUAGACCUGAGCUUGAUUGUGAAACCUGCAGAAACGUCGUCAAGUGCUAAAGACAGUCCACGGCCAAAGCACAGCCCAACGUUGGCAAAGAACGCGAAGGCAAAGGACAGCCAAAGUCAAAAACUACGCUCUACGACGGGUAGCGCCAUCGACAGCCCUCGUCAAAAGCGUAGCGCGACUGUUUCGGGUGGGAUAGGCGAGCCGAGAAGUCCACUGGCAAAAAGGACGAGUGUAGAAAGUCCGUUGAGAAAGCAAAGAACUUCGAUCAGCAGUAGCAAAUCAUCUUCUUCGCAAAGCUCGAAAGAUGAAACGAAGGCUCUACAGACAAGUGCAGCAUCCACUGCUGGCCAUUCGGACUCUCAAAGGGUUAGACAGCAUCGACUAUCGAGGGAGAUCUCCAUAGCUAGUAAUGCGACAGGGUACGGCAAGGUGCCGUCAGAUGUUGGCAGUCCCAGAAAAAAGCGCAGCGCGACUUUUUCAGGUGUCGUAGGAGACACCACGAGGACUCAGAAUCCUCAACGAAGGGAUGUUCACGCUUCUAAAGCGAAAAACAGCUCUGGACCAAAACACAACGGCAGUCCAAGGAGAGGGCAUAAUGUAAAACCCAGCACCUCCAAGACUACAGAUAACAUAGGGGCAGCCUGUACUACACAACCAAGAAGUAGUCCCAAACCGAAGUACGACAAGUCUACUACAGAAAGCCCAGAGAAAAGGCAAUGCUUCAUUAUGAGGAUGAUCACCGGGUCUAAAAAAGACGAUGAAGACGGCGAGGGAAUCGCGGAAGACCUGCUGGUUGAGGUGGAGGCUCUGACGUCCCAAGCCAGCGGCGGGAAUCCGACCUGCUUCCAGAGGUUUCGAAGCAGCCUGGGAUGCUCGGCUGCCUCGGCUCCCGAAGAGGCAAGAGAGGAGAGGAAACCGUUUGAGCAGACAAGCGAAAGUGGAACGACGUAGGAAUGCCGAUGAGCUUGAGGGAGAGGGCGUGGCUGAGGCACACCUACCCCGACUCCCCGUUCCAGAGCGACGCGGAAGCGAUCGGCCAGCUGCUGCAGACGUACGUGGAGGCUCACGUGAAGAACCCGUACUGCGAGGAUGACCUUUACCCCUUCCCUCACGACGCCUACAGUUUUAAAGGGA